AUGAUCAAUGAAAUAGGUAUUCCUCCAAAUACUCCUUUCUAUCCGUCAAUGUCAGUUGUUACUAGGCCUGUUGCUGAUAUUCAUACUGAUCCCAUUCGGGCACAGUUGAAAUCAAAUCCCAAUCCUUCUUUUAAUUCAUUACCACCAACGUGGUUUCCUGCCGGCAUUCCGGUUGGUCAGAUUGCUCUUCCUCCUCCUUCAAGUCCGUUACCUAUUGAAUCCCUUGGUUCCGCCGCUGUUUCGCACUCUGUGCUUUCCCAAGGUUAUCUUACUUCAUCUAGUGAUGCUCUAUCUGUCUUGCCUCCUAUCAAUGCGUCUCCCUUGGAUUUUCCACUAUUUGCUGUCUGUUAG